UCUCGUACUUUCGACACGUCUGCGGACGUCCUUGUCAUUUCGCGUCGGGACGUCGGCCUUGUGGUUGACCAGACAGCUGCUGGGAAGCAGUGGCGGGAAGCGCCCGUUCGCCGCGAGCUCCGAACGGAAGGUCGCGGUUGGCCUUUGUCUCGGCCCCGAGGGAGGCGGCGACGCCCGGCGGCGUUCUGCGUUUCCGGGGAGGCGACAUGUCCGGCUACGUGAGCGCCCUCUGGCCCGGCUCUCCGCAGGACAAGGGCUCGCCGUCCACGUCGCGCUCUGGCCGCUCGAGCCGCUCUUCGUCCGGCAGCUCGCGCGGCUCGAGCCGGAGCCGGAGCAGGUCCCGAUCCCGCUCCCGGAGGCGCCAUCAGCGCAAGUACCGGCGCUACUCGCGCUCCUACUCGCGCAGCCGCUCGCGGUCCCGCAGGGCCGGCCGGUCCCCCUGGCGGGGCCGCUCCCGCAGCCGGUCGCGCUCGCGGGGACGGUGGUCGCGCCGACGGCCGCAGCCCCCGGUGGCCCGCGCCCGCCGCUCCUACGGCUUCGCACGCGCCGUGUACCCGGGGCAGCGCGGCCGGCGCAGGGGCAGGUCCCGCAGCAGGUCACGCAGCCGCACCCCGUUCCGGUUGAGCGAGAAAGAUCGGAUGGAGCUGUUGGAAAUAGCGAAGGCCAAUGCAGCAAAGGCCUUAGGAACAGCUAACUUUGACUUGCCAGCCAGUCUCCGAACACUUUCAGCUACCAAAGAAACAAGCCAUGGAACAGCUGUGUCACAGGAUGGAGCAAAGUCCGAGAAAUCAUGAAUGUGCUCUCCAGACAUUGAUGAAGAAAAUCUGUUGAAUUCUGUAGCAAAACCAGGCCACAACAUGGAUAAAGCUGUUGCUGAAGAAACAUCUUCAGGAUCACCACCAAAGAUUAAUAAGAAGAAAAGUCCAUAUGAGCUGUGGCUACCUGUCUGAAAGAAGAAAUCUACAAAGAUUGCCCAAAAUUGCACUUUAUUGCAAGUUUGUAGCAUUAUCCCAUCCCCUUUGAGCAAUUUAGUAGUGAUUAUUAUACACAUUUUAAGUAAUUAAAUGUUGAUAUUCUA